AUGAAAGUGACUGUCGUCGCUAUACAGGCGACAGACAUUCCUAAGAUGGGCUUUCUGUCGAAAACAGAUCCUUAUCUUGUGAUGAAAAUCUCAAGCGAUGCAGCAGAAUACCGCACAAAAUAUUGCGACGACACAUUAGCGCCUGUUUGGAACCAAAGGUUCGAUUUCAAUAUAAUAAAUCUCGGCGCAGACUACUUAAUCAUCCAAUUAAAAGAUUGGAACACAGUAGAUCAACACAAAAUUAUCUCACGGUUAGAAGUACCAUUACGUACAAUUCCUGUAGGAAGGAUGAACGAUAUGUGGUUCGAUAUGAUUCCAUGCAUAGACAAACCAAAAGGCGGAAAAAUCAGAUUACUAAUCGAAAUUACUGACACAUACAAUCAAAGGCCUCCAGUUCAGAGACCACCAUUCAACAACCAACCACCUCCACCACAGCCACAACCAGUUUAUGCACCUCCACCAUUCAGACCUCCAAUGAAUUUUCCACCUCCUUCACCACAACAAGUUCAAUACGCAUAUUUCCCACCGCAAAGGCCUGAAUACGGUCAGUACCCGCCAAUGCCACCACCUAUGUUUGUCGUACAAGCUCCUAUGGCUCCGCAAAUGGGUCCUCCGGUGAUGCCUUCACCGAGACCGAUGCCGCCACAGAUGAAUCAAUAUGUAAGACCUGAGCCAAACCCUUAUGCUAUGCAAGCUGAGGCAGGCCAAAAUGCUCCUCCGAAGAAUUUUGCUUGGUUUAACCAUCCAGGUCAAUAUUAA